AUGUCCAGCAUCGAAGACACUGAAAAGGCAAAGAGAAAUGUCCCAGCGGAGGAAAAGGUCGACUGGGAUGGGCCGGACGAUCCCGAAAACCCCAUGAACUGGCCGAAAUACAAGCAGAUGCGGCAGCUGGUGCUGAUGGCCCUGAAUACCUUCAUCACUCCGCUCGCCUCGUCCAUGUUCGCUCCCGGUGUCCAAGGGGUCAUGGGCGAUUUCCACUCCACGGACUCCAUGCUGGCCUCAUUCGUCGUCUCGGUUUACGUGCUGGGGUAUGUCGUGGGUCCAUUCAUUGUUGCGCCUCUGGCGGAGUUGUAUGGGCGCGUGCCUGUAUAUCACGGCUGCAACGUGCUCUUCCUAGUCUUUACCAUCGCCUGCGCCGUCGCCCAAAGCCUCCCACAGUUGAUUGUCUUCCGACUGCUGGCUGGUGUCGCAGGCGUCUGUCCGCUCACUAUUGGUUCUGGGACAGUUGCGGAUAUGAUUGUGGCAGAGAAGCGUGCUGGUUUUAUGGCUGUGUGGGCAAUGGGACCUAUUCUUGGCCCAAUUGUAGGGCCAGUUGCCGGAGGCUUUUUGGCUCAAGCAGAGGGAUGGAGAUGGGUCUUCUGGGUGAUUGCAAUCACGACCGCGGUUAUUGGUAUUGGCUGUCUCGUUAGCUACCGAGAAUCGUAUGCCCCCGUCUUGCUCGAACGAAAGGCUGCUCGACUUCGCAAGGAAACUGGAAACCCCCGACUGCGUUCUGUGUAUGAUCAUGGCCGUCUUCCCAGGGAAGUAUUCACCGAUGCAUUUACCCGACCAAUUAAACUCCUCUUUUUAUCGCCGAUUGUCUUCCUUUUCUCCUUGUUUGCGGCCGUCUCAUACGGGUACCUGUACCUGAUGUUUACAACCCUCACCGGCAUUUUCGAGAGCACCUACGGGUUCUCUCCAUCUCUGGCUGGUCUUGCGUACCUUGGUUUUGGUGUCGGUAGCUUCAUCGGGCUCAUAAUCAGUGGAAUAAUUGGGAACAAAAUUGCUGCCUCGCAUACUGCUCGCGGUAUCUUCAGGCCCGAGUCACGUCUCCCACCCAUGGUGUUUGGCAGUUGGGCGAUCCCAAUUGGACUCUUCUGGUACGGCUGGUCAGCGUAUGCCAAAGUUCACUGGAUCGUACCCAUUAUAGGUACUGGAGUGUUUGCGGUUGGGCUGAUGACUGUGUUUAUGGCAGCCAACACGUAUCUCGUUGAUUCGUACCUGCUUCACGCCGCAUCAGUCACAGCGGCCAAUACUGCCCUGCGAUCCCUUGCUGGAGCCGUGCUCCCCCUUGCCGGGCCAUCGAUGUAUGAAGCUCUGGGUCUGGGCUGGGGCAAUUCGGUUCUGGCUUUCAUUGCCCUUGCUAUGUGCGCCUGUCCAUUAUUAUUCUGGAAGUAUGGGGAGAAGAUUCGAACCCAUCCCCGGUUCCAGAUCCGCCUAUAG